UUGUAUGUGUUCAAAGUUCAACCGAUGAGACCAAUUCAGCUUCCUGAGCCGCCAAGCCCUACCGGCCUGAGGGGUACUCCUGAGAUCUUCGAAUCUGGUGUUCACACCUUCGUUAGACGCGCUAUCGUCAUCGGAAACGGUUUCCCCGCUUCCGAGAAUCAGAGCAUCGGAUUGGUUCGCGCCCUUGGCCUCUCAGAUAAGCAUAUCUUAUAUCGGGUUCGCAGGCCAAGAGGUGGAACUAAUGAGUGGCUUCAAUGGCUUCCAGUUUCUCUCCAUAAUAAAAUAUAUUAUAUAGUAAGAAUGAUCGGCAGUUAUUCUCAGCUUCUGUUCAAAUCUCAAGAAAAGAAGCCUAUGUCUCUACCUUCAGAAAAUGGUGACAGCGCAGGCUUGUCAGUUGUCUUAGAAGCUGAUGUAAUGAAGAUUGUGAAUUUAGCUCGGGAAACUUAUGAGAAGGAGGGACCUUUGUUGGUGGUUGCAUCUGGAAGAGAUACCAUUUCUACUGCAAGUUCCAUAAAACGUUUUGCAUCUGAGAAUGUUUUUGUUGUUCAGAUACAACAUCCAAGAUUACGUUUGAAUAGGUUUGACUUGGUGAUUACGCCUAAGCAUGAUUAUUAUCCUUUGACUCCAGAAGGACAGAAACAGGUUCCUAGGUUCCUUCGAAGUUGGAUAACUCCACGUGAUCCUCCAGAUAGUCAUGUGGUUCUCACCAUGGGAGCCCUUCAUCAAAUAGAUUUCACUUCAAUACGUAGUGCAGCCAUUACUUGGCAUGAUGAGUUUGCACGAUUUCCCAGGCCCUUGCUGGUUGUCAACAUUGGAGGACCAACACGCAACUGUCGAUAUGGUGUAGACCUAGCAAAGCAAUUAGCAGCCUCUUUGCACAGUGUUCUUGUUAGUUGUGGGAGUGUGCGAAUAUCCUUUUCAGAAAGGACUCCACAAAAGGUGUCCAAUAUUAUAGUGAACGAACUUGGGAAUAACCCUAAAGUUUAUAUUAUUUGGGAUGGGCAAGGACCGAACCUGCACCUGGGCCUUCUAGCUUGGGCUGAUGCAUUCAUUGUCACAGCAGAUUCAGUUAGCAUGAUAAGUGAAGCUUGCAGCACUGGGAAGCCUGUCUACGUUGUGGGAGCUGAGCGUUGCAGAUGGAAGUUCACAGAAUUCCACAAAUCAUUGAGAGAGCUUGGAGUUGUUCGGCCUUUUACAGGCUCUGAGGAUAUAUCAGAAAGUUGGAGCUAUCCACCCCUUAACGAUACUGCUGAUGCGGCUAAACGGGUUCAUGAAGCGCUUGCUGCCCGAGGUUGGAAACUGAAGAUAUAGAAUGCAAUUUGAAGUUGACAUAUUACUUUUUUUUUCGAUUUUAUUUAUUUUUCUGAAUGGAGGUAACCAUUUGUUCUUUGGAAGAUAUUUACAGAACAUAAUAUUUCAUUCAUAUCACGAAUAGGAAAUACAGAUCCGCUUGUAAUUUUCCACCAUACCAAUUUUUUAAGUUGUAAUAUAAAGUUAAGCGUAUGAUUGCGGCUUGUAAAAUGUAGUUGGUAUGUUUUUGGCAUUUUAAAGAAUGAGAUGAAUAAAAA